AUGGAUAAAUUAUUCCGUGAACGUAAGUCGCUCGAACCGCGAAUUAAGCAGAUUUCCGACGUAGUGGCAAAAAUUAAGCCAGAAGUGGCUGUAGAAGUGGACGUGCAGACUGAGCUAGACGCUCUCGCUGAGGUGUGGACCGGCUAUUGUGCUGUGCAUAAGAAGAUUUUAGACCAUUGUGAAGACGACAAAGCCUACGAAGAUGCCGUGCAUCGACAAGGAGAUUUCGAAAGGUGUUAUAUUUCGCUUAAAAACCAUUUGUCGAAGCUUCUAAAGGCGGUGAAGAAUCGAGAGCACGUGACUACAUCAUCAUCUUCGCAGCAUGACGUCAUAAAACAGCUCGCCGACCAACAGACCGAGUUUCUCCGCAUGAUGUCGAUCAAUAUGGCCACCCAUCCAUCUCUUCUCGGUAAUUACCUGGAGUGGCAAUCGUUUUUUAACCUGUUCGACAGCUUGGUUCACAAAAAUCCAACGCUGAAGAACAGUCAAAGACUGUAUUUUCUAAAGACGAACCUCGCUGGUGAAGCUGCUUCCUUGAUUUCGCAUCUGAAAAUAGAGGCCGCUAAUUACCAACCGGCGCUGCAAAAACUGAAAGCCAGGUAUGACAAACCACGUGAGAUCGCCAAUCAGCACAUCAAGCGAUUCUUGGCGCAGCCAACGCUGACGUCAUCCUUUGAACAUGGUCUACGAUCGCUACAUGACGUGUCAGAUGAGGUUAUUCGUGCUCUCAACGCGAUGGACAGAGAAGACCGCAACGCGUGGCUCCUGUUCAUCCUAAGCGAAAAGGUGGAUCCAGAUACGAAACAGUUGUGGUGUCAAAAGAUUGCCGAAAUGGAAGAGGCAGAAAUUACGCUGGAGUGUUUCCUGAAAUUCGUCGAGUCACGCAGUUUUGCUCUUCAAUCAGCACAACCAGCCAAGCCGAAAACUAGUGUACCCUUCAAAGAACCUUCAAAGCCUCAGCCUCAAUCGAGAGGUUCCACCGCAUUCGUCGCCACGAACCCUCCGUUCUGCAACGUGUGCAGCAAACAAAACCACCAUCUUUACCAAUGUGGAAAGUUCCUUCACAUGAGCUUCAAUAAUAUAUAA